AUGCUCGCAGCCUGGGCGCCUCUGCUCCUCUUAGCCAUGUGGGUGAGAUGUACCUCCGCUGGGCCGCUCUCCUUCAGAAUAGCCGCCAUACUUGACGACCCAAUGGAGUGCAGCCGGGGUGAGCGAUUGGCCAUCACUCUGGCAAAGGACAGCAUCAACCGGUCCAGUAACCGCUCCACAACAGGAAAGCUGGAGGUGGACAUCUUUGAGCUGCUGAGAGACAGUGAAUAUGAGAUGGGAGAGACCAUGUGCCAGAUCCUGUCCAAGGGAGUGGUGGCAGUCCUGGGUCCCUCUGCCAGCCCUGCUUCCAAUUCCAUCAUCAGCAAUAUCUGUGGAGAGAAAGAGGUUCCCUAUGUGAAAGUGGCCCCCGAGGACAUUCUGAAGGUUCAGUUCCCCCGUUUCACCACCCUGGACCUGCGCCCCACCAACACAGACAUCAGCCUGGCCGUGGCUGGCCUGCUCACCUUUUUCAACAGCACCACAGCCUGCCUCAUCUGUGCCCAGGCCGACUGCUUAUUAAAUCUGGAGAGACUGCUACGCCAGUUCCUCAUCUCCAAGGAGACCCUAUCGGUUCGCAUGCUGGAUGACAGCCAGGAUCCCACACCCCUUCUCAAGGAGAUUCGUGAUGACAAGACUGCCACCAUCAUUGUGGAUGCUAACGCCACAAUGUCCCACAUCAUUUUGGAAAGGGCGUCGGAGCUGGGCAUGCUUUCCGUCUACUACACCUACAUCUUCACCUCGCUGGAAUUCUCUCUGCUGCGAUUGGAUGACGUGCCCAGUGAGCGGGUGAACAUUCUGGGCUUUUCCGUCUUCAACCGAACACACCCCUUCUUCCAGGAUUUCCUCCUCAGCCUCAACCGUUCCUGGCAGGAAAACUGUGACCACGCCCCCUUCGCCGGCACACCGCUAUCGUCGGCGCUGCUGUUUGACGCAGUGCAUGCGGUGGUGGCGGCGGUCCAAGAGCUCAACCGUAGCCAGAACGUGGGCGCCACGCAGCUCUCUUGCAAGUCCUCCAAGAUCUGGGAGCAUGGGACCAGCCUCAUGAACUACCUGAGGAUGGUAGAAUUGGAAGGACUAACGGGCCACAUUGAAUUCAACAGCAAAGGUCAGCGGUCCAACUAUGCCCUGCGGAUCAUGCAGAACAGUAGAGACGGCCUAAGGCAGAUUGGCCAGUGGCACUCAGAGCAGGGCCUGUCCAUGGAGAGGAAGCUUCCAUCAAUCAACGUGACAGACACUCUCUUCAACACCACCCUCACCAUCACCACUAUUCUGGAGAACCCUUACGUGAUGCUGCGACCGAACCACCAGGAGAUGGAAGGGAACGAGCGCUAUGAGGGAUUCUGUGUGGACAUGCUGAAGGAGCUGGCGGACAUCUUGAAGUUCAAGUACUGCAUCAAUCUGGUGGGGGACGGGGUGUACGGGGUAUCGGGGACCAACGGUACCUGGACGGGCAUGGUGGGAGAGCUCAUCUCCAGGAAAGCGGACCUAGCCGUAGCGGGGCUCACCAUCACCGCGGAGAGGGAGAAGGUCAUCGAUUUCUCCAAGCCUUUUAUGACCCUGGGAAUCAGCAUCAUGUACCGUGUGCACUUGGGCCGCAGACCUGGCUACUUCUCCUUCCUAGACCCUUUCUCCCCUGGGGUGUGGCUCUUCAUGCUGCUAGCCUACCUGGCAGUCAGCUGUGUGCUCUUUCUGGUUGCCAGACUCACCCCCUACGAGUGGUACAAUCCCCACCCCUGCCUGAAGGGGCGCUGUAACCUCCUCAUCAACCAAUACUCGCUAGGCAACAGCUUCUGGUUCCCUGUGGGGGGGUUCAUGCAGCAGGGGUCCACCAUCGCCCCCCGCGCCCUCUCCACGCGCUGUGUCAGUGGAGUAUGGUGGGCGUUCACCCUGAUCAUCAUCUCGUCCUACACGGCCAACCUGGCUGCCUUCCUCACUGUCCAGAGGAUGGAGGUACCCAUCGAGUCAGUGGACGACCUGGCUGAUCAGACGGCCAUCGAGUACGGCACCAUGCACGGGGGCUCCACCAUGACCUUCUUCCAGAACUCGCGCUACCAGACGUACCAGCGCAUGUGGAACUUCAUGCACUCCAAGCAGCCCAGUGUGUUUGUGAAGAGCACGGAGGAGGGCAUCGCCCGCGUGGUCAACUCCAACUAUGCCUACCUGCUAGAGAGCACCAUGAACGAGUACUACCGGCAGCGCAACUGUAACCUCACUCAGAUAGGAGGUCUGCUGGACACCAAGGGCUACGGCAUCGGCAUGCCAGUGGGGUCAGUGUACCGGGAUGAGUUUGACCUUGCCAUCCUCAAGCUGCAAGAAGACAACCGUCUAGAGAUCUUGAAGAGGAAAUGGUGGGAUGGUGGCAAGUGUCCAAAGGAGGAGGAUCACCGUGCCAAAGGACUAGGCAUGGAAAACAUAGGCGGUAUCUUCGUGGUGCUGGUGUGUGGUCUCCUGGUGGCCAUUUUCAUGGCGGUGCUGGAGUUUAUGUGGUUUCUGCGGCAGACGCCCGGAACAGAGCUGUCGGUGUGUGAGGAGAUGCUACGGGAGCUCCAGGGGAUCGUCCUGUGCCGGGACAGCCUACAGCUGAGGCGUCGGCGGGGGACAACCAUGCUCCGUCCUCGCUCCCUGCCCCUGGAAGAGCGCCGGGCAAGGGCGGCUGCCGUCAGCCUGAGCAAUGGCAAGUUGUGUGGCGCUGCCGCCGGCCUGCCCCUCUCCGAGCCCCUCUCCCACAGACUGGCGCAGGAGGCGGCUUUGGUGGCGCGUGGCUGCAGCCACAUCCGCAUCUGCCCCGAGUGCAGGCGCUUCCAGGGGCUGCGCGCCAUGCGUCCUGGGGGAGGCCCCAGCCACGGCGCCUCGCCCACCCACAGCGAGGAGAGCAUAGAGUGGGAGAAAACGACCAACAGCAGCGAACCCGAAUAACAAUGACCCCCUCCCCCUUUACCUGGACAACCCUUUUUACCUACCUAGACCACCACACACCCACUGUACCCAGUAGGCACAUCUCCACAAGGGCAA